UAAAUGCUACUUUGCCACUCUGUUUACAAUUUUGCGCAAAAACGGACGAUGUAUUGAAAUAAUAUUUAGAAAAUUAUAUAUAGCUAUAUUAUUAUAUAGCUUUGUAUGAUAUGCUUUUAGUUGUUAGCAACUUACAAUAACACAGCAUGUAGCAAAUAUGUCCAAAUAAAAUCGAAGUACAAGUGUAUUACGGUGUUUAUGCAACUUCAGAGUGUUGACUUUUAUGUAACCGGCGAGUAAAUUCAUAUUUCACGGACGCGUUUUCAUCUAAAUAUAUUUAAAGGCUUUGGUAACAUGGCAACGCUUACUCGCAAACUAUUACCUCUUGUAAGAAACGCGCUUUCAAAUCAAACGCGCCUCGCAUACGCACAUACAGGGUCAAUGAGGGCUGUUCGAGCAUUCACAUGCUCAGCAAGCCUGUUUCAACUACAGAAUGAGCAUGGGACAAAUGUCCAUGUUUUGACUGGGAAAGUGGACAGAUUCGGCGGAGUGACAGUGAACCUCGGUGACAGUGAUUUCCCGUCGAAUAUCAGCGAAGGAGUAUUUAGUAGUCUACUACGAGACUCUUUGGCUCAGUGGAGGACAGAGGGCCGGGUGGCUGUCUGGCUUCAUGUGCCCAUCUCUUUGAGCCGCUGUGCCGCAGCAGCUUCUGCUCAUGGCUUCACCUACCAUCAUGCCAAACAGGACCAAGCCAUUCUGGCUCUGUGGCUGGGAGAUGGGCAGAGCAGGCUGCCUGGGUUUGCUACUCAUCAGAUUGGAGUGGCAGGUACCCCAGGUGCAGUCGUUGAUGAGUCAAAUGGAAAGGUUCUCGUCGUUCAAGACAAAAACAAGACAGUAAAUGCAUGGAAGUUCCCUGGAGGGCUCUCGGAUCCAGGAGAAAACGUUGGCACCACUGCGGUCCGAGAGGUCUUUGAGGAGACUGGAGUCCGCUCUGAGUUCAAGUCCCUUCUGAGCAUCCGGCAGCAGCACAACCACCCGGGUGCUUUUGGUAUGUCCGACAUGUACAUCAUCUGCCGCCUCAGCCCUCUCACUCAUGACAUCAACUUCUGCACCCAGGAGUGCCUGCGCUGCGAGUGGCUGGAGCUAACCGAGCUAGCCAAGACACGCGCCACAACACCCAUCACUAGCCGCCUAGCCAGCCUCCUGCUUCACGGCCUAAACCAGGGCUUUGACAAGAUUGAUCUGGCUAUGGAGGAGCUGCCGGCUGUCUACUCAGGGAGGUUCUACCAGCUGUACCACAGGGAGCUGCCGCAGGUGCUAAAACACAAGGCCUGAGGACAGGGUCCGGCCUUGCCUAGCACAACGAUGCUAAUUGCACUAGCACGUCAGUGCUUGUCAUAUUAGCGUGUGGAUGGUGUUUUACCAUAAUAAUUGGAAGUGUAUAUUUAUGGCAGACUGGAAUAUGUUUUUAUAAACUGUUACUACGGAAGGAGGGUGUAGCAAAUGGUACCGAUGAUGAUCACUGUAAAGGACAUUUUGCACAAAUCACAAGAUGUUCCUCGUCUGUAAAAAAAUAAAAAUACACAAUUUGAAGAAAUUGGCAACUCUGUUUGGGAAGAACCUCAGGGCCACUAAGUUCUAAAAUCAAACAACUAAUUUAUAGAGAGGUAAAAUGUGUACUAGGUCUACUGUUUGUCUUGCAAUGAGUUUAGUGUAAUGGUGUGCUUGAUUUAGCUUUGCCAACCCAAUGUUCUAUUUGAAGGUUUUAUCAAGUAAAGUUCUGGGCAUAAAAGCUAACCUUAACUGCCGUGCAGUGAAACUCUACUUUUUAAAGCCCAGAACUACUAAGAGGGAUUUCACUUUUGUCUAAAAUGAUGUAUUUCAAAAUUGUUAAAUGAAGAAAAAUAAGCAGAUUAUCAAAGUACGAUACAAUAUUUGAAGCAGCCUUAGUUAAACUCACAUUUAUAUAGCUGAAUGGCGAAGGUGCAUAAAGAUGGAGGACUUCAGAUAUGACAUUGUUUGAGCACUAUCCAGAGUUUUUAAACUACGGUGCGUGACAUGGUUCAAUGCACCAAUAAAUCAGCACAAUCUACUUUUUCGUUUAUUCAAAUUGCCGCCUUCUUGGAGCUAGAAUUGGUAUCGUGUAUACUGUACUAAUGCCGAUAUUUAAAAAAAAAAAA